AUAAAAUAAAGUUCAACACAAACGAAAUCGGAGGAAAAACAUAAGUCGUUGCUGGUAGCGUUACCAUGGAGAGUUAGCUAGUUUUGAUACUUUUUUUGGUAGUGGUGUCGACAGCCGACUGCUCACGAAAAUGCAAGGAGCAUCUUCAGGCGUAGGAUAUGGUCUCAAAUAUCAGGCUAGAUGCAUAUCAGAUGUGAAAGCAGAUACCGAUCACACCAGCUUCAUCACCGGCACUCUCAGCCUUAGAGAGGAAAAUGAGGUGCAUUUGAUUCGGCUUUCUUCUGGUGGAACUGAACUCAUAUGCGAGGGCUUGUUUUCGCAUCCUAAUGAGAUCUGGGACCUCUCUUCGUGUCCCUUUGAUCAACGCAUCUUCUCCACUGUCUUCUCCACUGGUGAAUCAUAUGGAGCAGCUGUAUGGCAGAUUCCUGAGUUAUAUGGCCAGCUAAAUUCACCUCAAUUAGAAAAAAUUGCAUCUCUUGAUGCACACUCUGGCAAGAUUAAUUGCAUUUUGUGGUGGCCAUCUGGGAGAAAUGAUAAGCUGAUCAGCAUUGAUGAGGAAAAUCUUUUCUUAUGGAGUUUAGAUUGUUCUAAAAAAGCAGCCCAGGUGCAAUCUAAGGAGUCAGCUGGUAUGUUGCAUUACUUAUCUGGUGGAGCCUGGGACCCGCAUGAUGUGAAUGCUGUUGCAGCAACUUGUGAAUCCUCAGUCCAGUUUUGGGAUCUACGAACAAUGAACAAGACAAAUUCAAUUGACUGUACCCAUGUCCGCAAUGUUGACUAUGACACCAAGAAGAAGCACAUACUUGUUACUGCAGAGGAUGAAUCUGGAAUACAUGUAUGGGACCUUAGAAUGCCAAAGGUUCCUAUCAAAGAGCUCCCUGGACAUGCACACUGGACGUGGGCAAUUUCGUGUAACCCUGAGUACGAUGGGCUGAUUCUGAGUGGCGGUACCGAUUCAACAGUGAACUUGUGGUUGGCUUCUACAUCAACUGGUGAUGGGAUGACUUCUGAGAGCCUGGUUGAGUCACCAACUCAGCUAGUUGAUCCAUUGCUUAAUUCAUACAGUGAUUAUGAAGACAGUGUUUAUGGUCUUGCGUGGAGUUCUCGUGAGCCUUGGAUUUUUGCUUCUUUAUCUUAUGAUGGAAGAGUAAGGCAUUUCAAACAUUUAUCAUAGGGAGAAAUGGUAGAAGUAAUUGUAGAAUCAGUAAAGCCUGUCCUCUCCAAAAAGUGAAUUCAGUGAACUUUGCCCUUGUGCAACUUUCAUUUGGUUUUCCACUGCCUAAUGUAAAUUGUUAGAGAGGACCACACAGAAGAACCAUACCGAAAAUAUAAUUUUGGGUGGUACCAUGGAGAACCUACUGUGGCUCAACGAGGAUGAAGUUGAUGCCAGUGACCAUUGAACCAAAGAUGACCGAAGUCUUUUUCCUUGCAUUUCAAGCGUUAUUCAUAUGUUGGAUGUUGAACGUUAAGGGAAGUAAAUUAAUUGGUAGCUGCAUACAACCAUAGUCUUUUGAUUGUAGACCAUCCCCUUUGGUUUUCACCAUCCUUUGGCAAGUUACAAGUAUUUAUAACUGUGUCUGUUUAAUGUGAACUCUCUGCUAUUGUCUUGGAGAAAUAUACAGGAUGUCCGUCUGAGAAAAAGAGUUCUGUAGUCUGUAUUGUACACGAGACCUGCUAGACAUGUUCUUUCUCUUGUUUCGGGUAGAAUAUGAUAGAUGAAAUAUGAUUUUUUUCUA